CAACAUCUGUCACUACAUGACGUGGACUACCGGGAGUGUUGUCAAAAUAAAUUUGUUUUGCUGUUGUGUAAAUUCACAUUUCACUAUAUAAUUUUUUAAUUUUCGAUUGAAAAAAUAUUUAAAAACCUGUGUACAAUCGAAAACUGUGAACUACUUAGACCAAAACCAGAUUUCCAAACAACUUAAAACUAUUUCAAGAUAAAACAUAAACCAUGGCAUCACCUUAUGGAGCACCACAAAACGACUAUCAAUGGGGAGGUGGUGGUGGUGGUCAGCCUGAACAAACCUACAAUUUCGAAGUUCCCGAGUUUGGUCAAGAAUUAAACUUCCAAACAUUCGAAAAUUCACAAUCAUCAGUGCCACCAAAUUACAGUGCAAAUUAUUCAGAUGUUGGCAGUGGAGUUGGGAGUUUCUAUGAUCCCAAUGCAUACGUGGAUAAUUCUUAUGGACAGGAGAAAGCCUUCAAACCACAAGGUGGCUCAGAUUUCGAUGAUGAACCACCACUCCUAGAAGAACUCGGAAUCAAUCCAAAUCACAUAUUUCAAAAGACUUUAGCCGUGCUUAAUCCCCUACGUGGAGCAGAUCAAAGUAUUCUUCAGGACACAGACAUGGCUGGACCGUUGGCAUUCUGUCUAGCGCUUGGAGGAUUUCUUUUAUUGAGUGGCAAAGUUACAUUCUCGUACAUCUACAGUAUCGGAGUGAUAGGUUGCAUUGCCUUUUACUGCCUCCUUUCGGUGAUGGCUACCCAGGCUCAGGUCACAUUUGGAGCUGUUAUAUCGGUCCUAGGCUAUUGCCUGCUUCCAAUGGUUGUAUUGUCCGGUAUUAACGUUUUAAUCACCAUUCAGGGUCCUUUGGGUUUAAUCGUAGCUGGAAUCAGCAUUCUCUGGUGUGCAGCAUCCGCAUCGAAACUCUUCGUGACUGCAUAUUCGAUGGACCAUCAACAAGUUUUGAUUGCUUAUCCUUGUGCCCUUCUUUAUGGUGUAUUUGCAUUGAUAACAAUAUUCUAAAGAAAAAAUAAAAAUAAAGAAACAAAGUAAACAUAGUAGAAGCAUGAACAAGGAACAAAGUGAUGGAGAAAUGAAGAGAGACAUGAAUAUCGAUACCGCAAUCAGUGGCUAAUGAGAGCUUGAAUUGAAAAUGAAAUUUAAGUUUCUUUUUAAUUUUAA